UGCCUGUUUACCAAGCCUACACUUGAGAGAAACGCUGUCCUACAUCGCCACCAUGUUUCGCAAUCGAGUGAGUAUCCACGUUGCCAGCUUCACUGAAGGUCGGAGAUACCCUUCAAUUGCUCGCUCGUCAGUACAUGGUUUGCCCGUUUUUCACUCAAUCAUGGACACGAGUCGAUCUCGAAACUCGUCAACGGUGGUUCCUAUCGAGGAAGAAUCACUAUCAAGCUAUGAUCCAGCCAAAUAUUUCCCCGUCAAAAUUGGCGAUGUGCUCCACGACCAAUAUUCAGUAAAAGUCAAACUUGGGUUCGGACGAAGCUCAACCACCUGGUUGUGCCAAGAUAAGAGUCAUGCGUUCAAAGUGCUGAAAGUCGGAACAAGCAACGCGAGCUUGCAAGAAGGCAUAGCAAUGCUUCACCUUCAGGAUAAGCACGGCACGCUGGAACAUCCUGGGAGUCAUUGCGUGCGACAAGCUGAAAGCGCAUUUAGCCUCUUUUCACAAACUGGGGAACACAAGUGUUUCGUGUUCCCUCCACUUGGUCCAAGUCUGCUUGAAUUCUCGCGUCGACCCGGAGUAAGCUUUCAUUUAGAACAGGUGCGAUGGAUUGCCACAUAUCUCCUGCAUGGAGUCGCAUUUCUUCAUAGCAGGGGAAUUGUGCACACAGAUAUCAAAUUGGACAACAUCCAGAUGACGCUUCCAGAUCCGGAAGAUGAAACACUUCGGUCAUUCGUCAGAGCGGAGAAGGAGCAGCCAAGUUUCGUAAGCCGUAAAGAAGGGAGUUUGAUAUAUAGCUCUCGUGAGAUGCAACAAGACGAGUUGGGAUACCCCAUACUAUGCGAUUUGGGCUCAGCAGUGAUCGCGAGUAGCCCAAGUCGUGGGCUCAUCCAGGCACUACCGCAUCGUGCUCCUGAGGUCAUUCUUGGAGCGAAUUGGGACGCGAAAGUUGACGUCUGGAACGUUGGAGUGCUAAUAUGGGAGCUCCUAUUUGGGGAACGCUUGUUUGGACAGGAAAAUGAGAUUGAAUCCAUUCGUCUGAUGGUCCGAUACCUUGGGUCUCCACCCAAAAGCCUAGUCGAGCGAUGUGCGAUGGGUACCGAUUUUUUCGAUGAGCAAGGAUGUCUAAAGGGAGAGCGCCUAGAUUACGUUUCUCUGGUGGAUCGGGUGGAGUCAGAGAAGGCGAUGCCGCUCCUGUUCGACUUUCUGAGCUGCGCAUUCAAAUGGGAACCUCGCGAACGAUGUUCGGCCUCUCAACUACUAGAGCAUCCGUGGUUGAAGGAUACUUAGAACUCCGUGCAUUCUAGGCUGGCCAAAUUACGUGGAAGGACGCUCGCUCUCGGCGACGAAUAUCUCAUGUCAUCGCUUCACCCGGCUGCUGUCGCCAAGUAUUUACAUACCACGACUGGAAAAGGCAUCAUCGAGGGUGAAUUCACUACCACGUUCCCUCGGGCCUUAGUAAGUAAAUAGUGUACUUACAUAGCUGUAUAGAUGGAUAUUAAGAAAAUUGAGGGAGGAGAAGAUGCUGAUGGUGUCGGAUGGCUUCAUUUUAGAUAUUGGGAAUCCGGAGUAUAGGUCGUCUGGCUCAUGUGGUUGAAGCGCA